UUCAUCAAAUUGCUUUGAAGUUAUUAAUUGUCUGUGUUUUUGAACUACUACAAAAGAAAAUGGCAGAUAACUCUCAGAAGAUGAGCUACCAUGCUGGAGAAGCUAAGGGCCAAGCUCAGGAAAAGGCGAGUAAUAUGAUGGAUAAGGCAAGUGAUGCAGCUCAAUCAGCUAAGGAAUCAGUGCAAGAAGCCGGACAACAGGUGAAAGCCAAGGCACAGGGAGCAGCGGAUGCUGUGAAGGAUGCCACUGGCAUGAACAAAUGAAGUUUUUCUCAUUUCUAAUUUGCCCAUUUUUUGUUUUUUUUUCCAAUGACUUUCUUCAUUUUUGUUUUUGAUCGGGUGAAAGCUCUUAUGUGUAAGGGAUCUUUUUGCUUAGAUUAGAGCUUUUACAUGUAAGAGUCAACUAAAGUUAUCUAUAAUUUAAUGGACCUAUGAAUUUUUAUAGAGUA